AUGCCCCCAUCUCUGCGAUCGUCAUCUUGCCCCGACCUCGUGAGAACAGAGAGAGUAUUGCCGGAGAGCAGGGACGAGGCUGUGCCGGGCAUAUCAAGCGAGGUAGUUGUGGACGAUAGUGGAUCUUUCCGAGAGUCGUUAGAAGAGAGUGAACCCGCCGCGCGCACAGCUGAGGACGAACCGAGGUCGAGCAACCCAGCGUCGAUAUCACCUACGCCCAACCGUACAGUGAUAGCUCCUCCCGAAGUCGAGCUGUUCAAGAAGCGCCGUCGAAGCUCGAGGCCAGCAUGGGCUCCCGAAGUCAUCAGGACUCUGAAGGAUUCACCAGAAGGCUACCCUCGCCUCGCCGCAUUUCUCGAUAGCGAUGAGAAUUUCAUGGUUUUCCGACGCUUCGGCUAUUUCCAAAACCGUCUCCUGUUGGAAAAACAAGGCGAAUUGAUGACGCUCGAGACGAGGAUUGAUGAACUAGACGAAUGCCUCAACCAAGCACAGCCGAGCCAACUUAGGACGGUGCAGAUGGUUCAGGACUCCAUCCUUCCGGGGGCGCGGGAUGUGGUGGCUGAGCGCCAGCAGCUCCUUGAGCGGGCGGACCAGGUCUUUCGGGAAUACGCACAACUAAUGACCGCCGUACAGCAAAUGCGCUCCUUCGAGAGACCCACAGAACGGGAUCACCAAAGUGUUUUCAACUACAUGUGGAAUACCAAGCCAAUCGUUGAACGCGAAGCAUCUUGGGUUCAGAUGAAAGAAGACCUAGUUGCGCUUCGGCCCCCAAAAGAGCCCGAUUGGCUUGAAGCGCGGAUUGGGGGAGCGAUUGUCUUCCUAGGGUGGCGAUUUCUCCAACGACUCUUUACAGACCAGCGAAGCAGGAGCAAAAGCGGUUCUCAAUAUAUCCACUACUUCAGCGCUAGUCGGAUCUCGAACGUCGCUACCGCAAUCGUCGCAUUCAUUAUGGCAGUCAUCCUCGUUCUACCAGUGCUACUCUGCUACGUUUUAGUGACCAAGGUGGGUAGCUAUAACGGCUAUGCGGGAUGCAUUGGCAUUCUUUUCUUCUUUACUAUGCUAUUCUCAUGCACCAUGGCUUUCUAUUCGAAGGCGAAGCGUCACGAGACAUUAGCGGCAACCGCAGCGUACUGCGCUGUUCUCGUCGUGUUUUUGGGUAACGCAGCCAAGCAGGAAUAG